AUGAGCUUUGAAUUCAGAAGUCUGAAGUACGCUGCAGAGAAAAGGUGGAAUCACAAGUCUGCUGGCAAAAUGAAUACUGACCUGCAGGGAGGCCACAAAAGAAUGAUAUAUUUGCUUCAUGUUCUAAUUGUGUGGGGACAGGCCCUUCUUUCUGAUGGAUUUGAUGUCACUGUGCCGGAGACAACUUUAAUAGGCGUUCACAAUCAAAAUAUUGUCCUUGGAUGCAGGUUUACUGUUAAUGGUAGUUUGUCAUUGGAACAUAUUAUAAUCACCUGGCAACGUGCUGAGAACAGUGAGGUGGUGCACAGUUAUUACUAUGGUAAAGACCAACUCAGUCAGCAGAGUGAACAGUAUGCAGACAGAACAAGUCUAUUUCCAGAGGAAUUCAAACAUGGCAAUGCUUCACUGAAGCUGGAAGGAGUGAGAGCUGAGGAUGCUGGACAGUACAUAUGUUUUGUCAGCAAUAUAUUGGGAAGCGCCAAAGAGACAAUUUUAUUGAAAUUUGCAGCUCACUACAAGGACCCACAACUGCUGAUCAGACUCCAGCCAUCUAGUUCGAUUUUCAUUUUAGAAUCUCAAGAUUAUCCUAAGGCAUCUGUCCUCUGGUACUGUGCAGAAGCACAAGGCAUUCAGGAACAUAACCCUUACAAGGAAUGGUGGAUUGUUUUUGGCUUCAAUAUACUGGUCAUGAAGGUGAGGAAACAGCAGUCAUAUGAAUGGAACAAUUUUUCACUUUAUUGCACCCACAGGAUGAGGACUCAGAUCAGAUAUAAUACAACCUGAUGCAGGCAAUUAUUGAAGUUAUAGCCCAUUAACAAUGCGAACCCUCCUUUUUUUCCUCAUGUUCAUCAUUGCAGCUUUACCUGCGUACACUGGAAAUGUUGCUUCUUCUGAGAGUCGUGUUUCGCGAGAAGUUCAUGAGACACGUGUGCUGUGUCAUGUAUUAUGUAUGAGACUGUUCUGCUGAAACCUUUCUUUUUACAAUCUUGUCUGCAAAGUGCUGAAUUACACUGGGCACUGUAUGUUAAUAAUUACUUAUAACCAUUUGUCACGUGUGAGCAUACAAAGUGAAUGGUAGCUGGCAAUUUACCUGAAGGAGAGGGCCUCACAGCUGAGCACAUCCCUGAUCUUAUCCCAAAUCCAUCCAUAAGCACUUUACAGGAGAGGUGACAGAACUGAAUCAGAACUGGCAACUCUCUCUUUUACCUUUCAAGUCAAUUAUAACUCCCUACAGACAGCCUGGGUAAAAUUGUCUUGAUCAGAGAUCUCUCCGGUGCCCUAUUACUCUGUUUUGCUGAAUAUCAGAUGAGGCAGGAUAUGAAAUUACAGAGACAACAUGGGAUUCUGUUUUGGAAUGUAUCCCAGGUUUUGAGGCUGUUCACCCCAUUGACCUGAUUUGGGGCAUGUUUACUUGCCAACUAACACAUUGGGUGGAACCAUUUGUGCCCGCUGGCAACAGGCAUGUUUGGCACCGUGAGAAGACAAUAUGGCGAGAAGGCCAAAAAUUGGUUUCGCAAAGUUGUGAAACCAGUUUGCGAUCCUCCACUGAGCCUGUCGACGGCGGGCCGUGUUCCCCACCAUCAGACAUCGGGAACCUCAUCACAAUAAAUCUGCAUAUCAUCAUAAGGCCAGCCCACCGGAAUAAUCCCCUAUCUGCUGGAUUGUCCGUCGCGCCGGUGUGAUUGUCGGUGCAGAACACGUCUUGACAAAUGUGACGUACAAAAGUCGAGGCUUACUGCCAGGGCUUUGCUCACAUCAUGGACAUCCGAGGAGCAGAAGGUGCUGGAGCCCCACAAUGAUGACACAUUGGAGGGACGUCCAUGACAUGCUGGGUGGAUUCUCAUGGACAUGGCUCUGCUGCGAAGCAGCCCACAGAAGUUGGGAAGUCAUCUUUGAGGGUCUGCUCACAACGGAUG